AUGGCUUCAAAAACCUUCAAGCUUGUAGAUGGAUAUCAGAUUCCAUUGUUUGGGCUGGGAACUUGGCAGUUGGAAACGGAUUCUGACUGUAUUACAGCGUUGGAUGCUGCCUUCAAAGCUGGCUACAGAUUGUUUGACACUGCCAAAUACUACAGGAACGAGAAACAGCUGGGAGAUGCUUUGAAGGUGGGUUACUUUAUUUUAUUUAUUAUUGGUCUUAGAGAUUUGAAGAUAGAACAUGGUGGUUACGGACAUAAAACAUUGUUUUAGACUCAUUUUUUAGACAUAAAACACGUUUUAUGAGAUAAAAUAUGUUUUAUAGCCUACUCAAGAGAUUUUAGGACGGGAAAACUCUAUAGUCAUGUUCAUAUGGGUCUUUGAAACGUUAAAAAUUAUAAAAGUUGUUGAGCUUUGAAAUGGCAUAUGACUUUUUAAAACUGUGAUACGAUUUUAGUUUUAACUUUUAAAAUUUAGAAAGUUUUGGAGAAGAAUGAUCUGUCCAGAGAAGAUGUAUUUAUCGAAACCAAGGCCAAUAUCUCUACAUACGAUGGUGAUGUUAAGAAGACUACAAAACGCAUGGUUGAGGACUCAUUGGCUAAACUUCAGACAAAGUAGGUAGUGUAACAUUAGAUGCAGACAUUAUUCAUAAUUUUUUUUUUCAAACUAGCAUAACACAUCUUCCUUUAACUUUAGUAUAAUAAUAAGCAAAAUGAAGCUAUUUUUUACUAGCACUGAUGUUAUGAUCGUUACAAGGCAUGUAGAUUAAUGUUUUGUUAUUGUAGGUACCUGGAUUUGGUGCUGAUUCAUUAUCCUAAGAAUUGGGGAGUCUCUGACAAAAGAUCUGAAAACAGGAGGGAUCGAAGUGAUGCGUAUGGAGUUUUGGAAGAACUGCAGAGUAAGUCUUUAUAUUUAUUUUAUAAACUUUAGGUUUAAAUGUACUUAUAGCAUUUUAAAAUUCUGACAUUGAACGUUAAUGUCAGGAUAUUUUCUUAACGUUUUUUGAAAAAAAGGCAAGAGUAACCUAACUCCUUUAUAGAAGCCGGUAAAAUCCGCUCGAUUGGCGUAUCUAACUUUGAAGCAUCUCAUAUCGAUCAGCUUGUUGAAGAUGGUCAUUCGAAGCCCACCGUGAAUCAGUGUGAAUUCCAUCCUCAUUUGACACGGCCAGAUCUAGUCGAGUACUGUAGGAAGGAAGGGAUUCUGUUUCAAGCGCAUACUCCAUUGGCUUUCCAUACCAAAUCGUUGAUGAAUGAUAAGGUUGUUAAUGAAUUGAUGCAAAAGUAUGAUGCUACAUUUGAAGUGAGUUUAUUGUCGUUUUUGGAUCUGUAAAACCAUAAUUUUUGACGACAAGACUUUUUUCUGAUAUCUGAAUAGUACAAUAAUUUACUUUAAGUAUAUCUUUUAGCAAAUCAUGUUGGCUUUUCCACUAAAACAAUCCAUCGGUGUUGUCCCAAAGUCAUCGAAUCCAAAACGAAUCGAAGCCAACUUUCAAUCUACCAAGUUGGAUAUCUCUGAUGAUGACAUUGAAAAGCUUCGAGGUCUGAACAAAGAUCGUCAUUAUUCAGAUUGUUCCGGAUGGGAGGUUAGCUAA